AAAUAAAGUAGACGGCUAUUUUCCGUCGUCGGUGUUUUCUGUGUGCUAACAGAAAACUGAAGUUGGUUGAUUUGUAACUAUCUCAAAAACAUGCAGAACCACCUUGAGGUAAUAAAGGACUUUGCAGAGACUCAUGUGGUCGCCCUCUCUCUUGCCUUUGUCGCAGGUGCCAGUGUGCUGGGCUUCCGUAGGUGGAUGGCUGGGAAUGUGUGCCGGAGCAAGGUCAGACUGGAUGGGAAAACAGUCCUGAUCACAGGAGCCAACACUGGCAUUGGGAAGGAGACGGCCCUGGACAUGGCCCAUCGGGGGGCCAGAGUGAUCCUAGCCUGCAGGGACAUGACGAGAGCCCGCAUCGCCGCUGAUGAGAUCAGGCAGAAGAGUGGGAACGGCAAUGUGGUGGUGAAAAAACUGGACCUGGCCUCACUGCAGUCUGUCAGAGACCUAGCCAAAGACAUCCAGGAGAGCGAGGAACGCUUGGACAUCCUUAUCAACAAUGCAGGCAUCAUGAUGUGUCCUAAGUGGCAGACAAAGGAUGGCUUUGAAAUGCAGUUCGGUGUCAACCAUCUGGGACACUUCCUCUUCACCAACUGUCUCCUUGACCUGCUGAAGAAGUCGACUCCAAGUCGAAUUGUCAUUGUCUCCAGCCUAGCACACGAGAAAGGUCAAAUUCACUUUGAUGACAUCAACCUGGAUAAAGACUACACACCUGACAAGAGCUACCGCCAAAGCAAGCUGGCCAAUGUGCUCUUCGGCAGAGAACUGGCUGCAAGACUGCAAGGAACUGGUGUGACAGUGUACAGCCUUCACCCCGGGGUCAUCCGCACAGAGUUAGGCCGCCAUUUCUUUCCUAACUUAGCGCUGUGGAAGAGGAUCAUAGCGAUUCCAUUGGCAAUGCUUAUAAAAACUCCCUGGGAAGGAGCCCAGACCACCAUCUACUGCGCUGUGGACGAGAGCCUGGCAAAUGACAGCGGCCUCUACUACAGUGACUGUGCCCCUAAAAAGCCGGCACCACAGGCCCUGGACGAUGCUGCAGCCAAGAAGCUGUGGGACCUCAGUGCGUCCAUGGUUGGUCUGGCGUAAACACAUGUGUCUGUCCUGGCUCUACCUGCUCCUUCUCCUGCUGGAGUGAGUGGCUGUGUUUACAUGGGUAUCUUGUAUGCACCUUGUAAGACAUUACACUAAUCAAUCAUGCUUCACUCUUUUACAAAAUUUAAUCACAACUACAAAAUGUUGCACUAUUUAAUCUACAACAUUUAUCAGUUGAUUUAAUAUUAAAACUCUGUGCUCUGCCUAAUCAGUUUGUAUAUGUUGGUGCUAUAUGCUCAGUUAAACCCGGUGAUACUUGCUUUAUAAUCUACCGUCUUGGCUGAUUGAUUGUAUGUCAUACAAUGAGCUUUGAACAUGUUUUGGUUUGUAGUGCUGAGCUGCUUGUGGGGCAAACUCAUUUAUUUUUUUCCCCCACCAUAUGAUUAUGCUGCAAAUUGCAAGAGACAUUUAAGGCUUCAAACUGCUGUGUUUAAUCACGCCAUCGCACAAUAAUUACCACCAUGCAGCGGGGUGAUUGUACAGAUUCUGUAAAAACACACUCUCAGAAACGCUGGAAAGCAAUACUACAGUUUAACUCUACAAGCGAAGGAGGGUGAGAGCCGAUUUGUGACCAGGUUGAAGAGGCAAGCUGACACGGUCAUGAAGUGUCACUUAAAGGCUGGUAAGUGACCUUAAGUGCUGGCAGUGGUGAGGAGAUUGUUGCUCCUCAGAGGAGAUUUGAUCCUCCGCCUUGUGUUGAGAGGGAGUGCGCAGGAGAUCCACAUAGACUCGUCAUGUUACUCAUGUGCUCUUUGUGUGUGUGUGUGUCUGUGUGUGUGUGAUUCUUGUAGGCAUGGUGGAUGACGUUUGUUGUAUCAUGACAUGAUAUUUCUGGUGUUUUCUUUCUCUUGAAGUGAAGAUUUAAUGAUGGGCCUGUUAACAAAGUGUAAAACAGGGUUGACAACACUAAUGUAAAACCUCCGGCAAUAAAUGUUUAUGAUAAAAAAUUA